CUUUAUAGAUCUUUUGCCUUGCCCUGGCCAGCUCCGUGUAUGGCAGAGGGGGCGGAUGCCAAGCUCUACAAGGAGUUUCAUGCAACACCCCAAAGCUUGGACAUCUUAUCCUUGAGGACACUUCUCCGUCUGCUGCAGUCAGAACGUCGCAAUCGCGCAGAAAGGCUGGAAGUCUUGGAGGACAGGUUGCAGAUUACCAACAGCGAGCUGGCAUUCAGACGGUGUGAAGCAGACGAAUGUAGGGACAAGCUCUACGAAGCACAGCGUAAGCACCAAGCUGGCUACAGGGAGAGAGACCGCUAUGCACUGGCCGAUGGCUAUGAUCAGGCUGCUGAGGCCCUUGAGCAACGCACGGCACAGAUCCGACGGUCAAUGGAGCAAGUCCUGCUGGAGCAGAUCACGCAGGUCUUUGGGCGGGAAAAAAGGGACCAGCAUGGGUUUGUUACGCAGGGUGUCCGGGACUUGAUGAUAAUCAAGUCUGAGCAGGAGGAGGUGCGUGAGAGGACCUUCAGAGACACCAUCCUGGUCACGUAUGUGAUGCCAUACUCCGAGCAGAAGCAGCAUCUUACGUAUCGAGUUGCUGAUAGCACUACUGUAAAGACACUGAAGGAGGACGCUUGCAUGCACUGGGAACUCAACGAGGCGGAGUUUGUUCUAAAAGUGGCCAACAACUCCAAAGUGCACGAUGCAUUAAAGGUUACAGCCUGCUUUCGGCCCAAUGAAGAUGGACACUUUCUGCUGGUGUACAAGACGCCGAAAAACCCGUCUGUCCUGCCCAGCGAAUAUGCAGACAUCCUCCCGAAACAUGGUCGAAAAAGAUUUCUGACAAGGAGAGAGGAAGGCCGCCAAGAUAUGACGAGCAUCAGAAUGCAAGGGGCGAAAGUCAAGUCAAAGUCUUUGGCCGAAGAGAUGCUUUUGCUCCCGGGUCUCUUUCGGUUCAUGACACAGCGAGACCGUAAGGUCAAGAAGCACCUGCGAAGCUUGAGACUCCGCACCAUUUGCGCAUACUUUGUGCUUGUGUUUCUGACAGCUUUCUCCAUUGCCGUUCUUCGGCCGCCUCGUGUGGGCUAUGAAUGCACCACAGGCAUUUCAGAAACCAUAACUGGUGGCCAACACCCUCAGACCUUCGAUACGAUACGAUCAGAAGAGGACAUUUGGCAAUGGUUGGAAAAGUCAGUCUCUGUUGAAGUCUUCUCAGAUGACUCCAUGCUGCGAGAGUACAACUACCUUGUAGGUUAUCUGCAGGUGCUAAUUCAACAAGUUUCACAGCCUUCGCCAGCCAACUGCAAAGGUGUAGAGGGUGAGGCCAGUGCUGCAAACUUCUCCUGUGUGCAUUCAGCAUUUGCAGAUAGUACGGCAGACCGGUCCCCACAACGCAAGCUAGAAAACCACUGGGCGAGCAAAGUUGCACAGGAUGGAAGAUCCAUGGAAAAGCCUUGGGAAUACCGGAAGAUGAGCCAUCCGACAUCAGGCGCACACUCAGAAGCCCAAGCUUUUCAGCGGACAGAUGGGUCUGGAAACCGUUUCGAAUAUCAGCUGCAAUACACGCCACUGUCGGUAGUGCGGUCGGCAUUUCUGAGUGACAUGCACUUCCUAAAACAAGCUGGCUGGCUUUCCGAUCAGACACGGGCUUUGCACCUUAGCUUUGUGGCGUACAAUGCAAACCACCAGAUGUGGAUUUGGAACAGAUACACCCUCGAAGUCAGCGCUUUUGGAACGAUCCAUCCACUGGCUCACAUCGAACCCUUCAGGCCCCAUUUGUUGGAGUAUGGCCUCGAUUACGAGCUGCUGAUCUCUGACAUAGUCAGGUUUUGCUUGCUGCUCUUUCUGAUCCUUCAGGAACUCGUGGAGUUCAGGCAUGAAUGCAAAGAGACAGGAUCAAGUUGGAAGCAACUUGUGACCGUUCAGACCUUGGUUGACUUCAGCAUUCUGAUAUUCUUCUUGGUGGCGUUGGGGUUUCGGAUCAGCUACUACGCAAGUGAGCCAAGCGUAAGCUACGCAUUGUCGCACCUCGACAGCUUCCGAGAUGCUGGCCAGGUUGCAGAAAACUAUGGCGUCCACGUAUGCUUGGAAUCAGUGUUGCUGGCCCUUUGCCUUUACAGAUUCGUUUAUUUCCUGCGAGUGAAUCGUAGCGUCUACAUCGUUUGGCUGUCCGUCGCGAGAAGUGCCUCAUAUCUUCUCAGGCUUUCUCCCUUGCUGCUCUUGGUCUUCCUGGGCUUUUUAGUGCUAGGGAUGUCUGCAGGCAACAAGGUCCACGAGUGCAACAGGAAUUUUGGCGCUAUGGUGAGUUGCUCCCUCCUCAUCCUGUCCGGAGACUACCAUCCUGCGCAGUUGGAGCCCGGCGAGUCGUUGAGAUUGAUCUACGUCAUCCUGCUGUUCUGCUUUGGGAGGUUGAUAGUGGCCAAUAUUUGGCUUUCGAUUCUGAUGCAGGAGUAUCACAGUGCCCGAGUGGAAGCAGGCUUUUCACCGGAGACCUACAAGUGGCGGGAGUAUGAUUGGGUCAAUUGGUGCAUGCCGUGGCCGUUAAAUCGACUCUACUUGAAGCUACGUCCGUCGAUAGUGCCUUUGCAGUCCAAGGCUUGACGGCGUGGAGGUCGCAGAAAAGAUUGCAUGACCAGCUCAACGCGCGAAUGUAGUUG